GUGUGAACUGUCUCCGUAGUUUUUUCGGGGGGAAAAAGAUGCCCAAGUUUAAAGCGGCCCGAGGGGCCGGGAAUCAGGAGAAGCAUGCGCCCCUGGCCGAGCAGAUCCUGGCCGGGGACGCAGUGCGCGCCGGGACCCGGGAAAAGCGUCGAGGUCGCGGGACUGAAGAGGAGGAAGAGUACGUGGGGCCCCGGCUGACCCGACGGAUCCUGCAGCAAGCCCGGCGGCAGCAGGAGGAGCUCGAGGCGGAGCAUGGAGCCGGGGACCGGCCGGCCAGGCCGCGGAAGCGCGCCACGCGGCUGGGGCCGGGAUUGCCACAGGAUGGAUCGGAUGAGGAAGAUGAGGAGUGGCCUACCCUGGAAAAGGCAGCCAAAAUGUCUGGGAUGAGCCACCAAGCCGAGGUGGUUGUAGACCCGGAGGACGAACGUGCCAUGGAAAUGUUCAUGAACAAGAACCCUCCAGUCAGGCGCACCCUGGCAGACAUCAUCAUGGAGAAACUGACCGAGAAGCAGACGGAGGUGGAGACGGUUAUGUCGGAGGUGUCAGGCUUCCCCAUGCCACAGCUGGACCCCCGGGUCCUGGAGGUCUACAGAGGGGUCCGAGAGGUCCUGUCUAAGUACCGCAGCGGGAAGCUGCCCAAGGCUUUCAAGAUCAUCCCUGCACUCUCCAACUGGGAGCAGAUCCUCUACGUCACAGAGCCUGAGGCCUGGACUGCGGCCGCCAUGUACCAAGCCACCAGGAUUUUUGCCUCUAACCUGAAGGAACGCAUGGCCCAGCGCUUCUACAACCUCGUCCUGCUGCCCCGGGUGCGAGAUGACAUAGCCGAAUACAAGCGCCUCAACUUCCACCUCUACAUGGCACUCAAGAAGGCCCUGUUCAAGCCAGGAGCCUGGUUCAAAGGAAUCCUGAUCCCACUGUGUGAAUCGGGCACAUGUACGCUGCGGGAAGCCAUCAUCGUGGGAAGCAUCAUCAGCAAGUGCUCCAUCCCAGUCCUGCACUCCAGUGCGGCCAUGCUGAAAAUUGCUGAGAUGGAAUACAGCGGUGCCAACAGCAUCUUCCUGCGACUGCUGCUGGAUAAGAAGUACGCGCUGCCCUACCGCGUGCUGGACGCGCUUGUCUUCCACUUCCUGGGCUUCCGGACAGAGAAGCGCCAGCUGCCUGUGCUCUGGCACCAGUGUCUCCUGACAUUGGCCCAGCGCUACAAGGCAGACCUGGCCUCAGACCAGAAAGAGGCCCUCUUAGAACUGCUCCGACUGCAGCCUCAUCCACAGCUAUCCCCCGAAAUCAGGCGUGAGCUUCAGGGCGCAGUCCCCCGAGACGUGGAGGAUGUCCCUGUCACCAUGGACUGAGAAGCGUCACUGUCCUGGUCCAAGAGGCGUGAGGGGGAGGGGGGAACGGCACCAGAACUUCUUGGUGGCCAAGGAUGACACUAGCUCCCAGGUUCGUGACAGGACCUUGGGGGCAUCUGUGGCUCCUAUGCCCUUGGUCCCCUCCCUGUACUCCACGUGACUGGCUCCUAGUAGACCUUGGUGCCUGCUCAUUUCUGGAACCUGACUUGAGGCUCCACACGCCAGCUAGAUCUUGAGUACUUCCUCUCCAGCUGUGCUGCUGGCCACUAGGAUGUAGAUUAAACAAAGGAAGGUAUUUAUUGAA